CAUAAUCCUUCAAACAAAACCCAGCACACGCCUCUCUUUUCUUGUACCUUUAUUAGGUAAAAAAAAAAAAAAACCAGCACAAACAACAAACAAAAUCCUCUCUGCUCUCUCUUUUUACGGUUUGUACAACCCAAAAGAAAAGAAAAAAUGGAUGGAAGCUGCAUAGAUGAAAGCACAACUAGUGAUUCCAUAGCCAUAUCCGUUUCUACAUCAAAUAUUUCACCUUUGCCUCCGGUUACCAAAUCUCCCGACUCUAUCUGCCGAGUGGGAAGUGGAACCAGCGUGAUUGUGGAUUCUGAAGCUGGGGUCGAAGCUGAAUCAAGAAAACUACCUUCUUCCAAGUACAAAGGCGUUGUUCCUCAACCCAACGGCCGAUGGGGUGCUCAGAUAUACGAGAAACACCAACGUGUCUGGCUUGGAACUUUCAAUGAAGAAGAUGAGGCUGCCAAAGCGUAUGACAUAGCUGCACAAAGGUUUCGGGGUCGAGAUGCCGUGACUAACUUCAAACACCUCCAAGAAACUGAGGAAGACGACAUCGAAACGGCCUUCCUGAAUUCACAUUCCAAGGCUGAAAUCGUCGACAUGUUGCGUAAGCAUACUUACAACGAUGAACUUGAGCAGAGUCGGAGAAGCUAUGGCUUCGAUGGGAAUGGGAAACGUGUGGUCAGAACCGACGCUGGUUUUGGUUCCUUAGGUCUUGAGCUGAAAGCGCGUGAACAGCUUUUCGAAAAAGCUGUGACUCCAAGCGAUGUGGGUAAGUUGAACCGACUUGUAAUACCAAAGCAGCAUGCGGAGAAGUACUUCCCAUUGCAAAGUGGAAUUGCAUCUUCGAAGGGUGUUCUUUUGAACUUGGAAGAUGUGACUGGCAAAGUAUGGAGGUUUAGGUAUUCCUAUUGGAAUAGUAGCCAAAGUUAUGUCUUAACAAAGGGAUGGAGCCGCUUUGUUAAGGAGAAGAACCUUAAAGCCGGUGACAUUGUUAGCUUUCAUAGAUCAACGGGACCGGAGAAGCAGCUUUACAUUGACUGGAAAGCAAGAACAGGAUUGGCUUCAGGUUUGGAAAAGCCGGUUGGGCCGGUUCAAAUGGUCAGGCUAUUUGGGGUCAACAUAUUUAAAACUCCUGGCAGUGAAAAUGCUGGUCUAGGUGGAUGCCAUGGGAAAAGGACCAGAGAAAUGGAGCUGCUGGAAUUUGAGUGUAGCAAGAAACAAAGGGUAAUCGAUGCUUUGUAACGUUACCUAAUUACCCUUUUGUUGUGGUUUUGUGAAUCUUAAGAGGUACAUGGGAGGGAGGGGGUGUAGUUGCAAGUUGUAAAAGUUGAAUUGUAUAUUACAAGACAAAAAGCUGAAGAAAGCUGAAAUUAUGUGUAACGUAAUACAUUUCUUCCAAGAAAAACAAGUGGAAAAAAAUUGAAAUGGAUAACUGUCAAUUUGCUCUGUUCA